AUGAACAAUUUACUGAUCUCCAUUGCGCUUUGUGGCGAUCCUUAUGUCGGUAAAACGUGUUUCUUCCAACGCUUUUCAGCGGGUGAAUUUAAUGCAAAUACUAAAACUUCGAUUGGAUGUGAUGUGAUGUGUAAAAAAUUGACAUUAGAUGGUAAAACUUAUAACGUCCAACUUUGGGACACAGCUGGACAAGAAGUCUUCCGAAGCACCACAACGACGUACUUCCGUAACCGACACUGCAUAUUAUUCACAUACGACAUCACAAAGAGAGAAACUCUUGAACAUGUUGAAGACUGGAUGAAAGAGUUCUGUCAAGUCCAACCGGACACGACCAAGACGUUAACAGUCUUGAUUGGGUGUAAAAGUGACUUAGAAGAACAAAGGCAGAUCACUUCAGAGGAAGGCGAGUCCUUUGCAAAUACACAUCAAAUUCCCUUCUUCGAGUGUUCUGCAAAGAACAACACAAACAUCACUGAGAUCGUCGAAUUUGUAGUGCGAGAGCUUAGACUGCGAAACAUGUUAGUAGACAUCAACCCACUCGCUGAUGAAAAAAAGGAUGAGAGCAAUGUAGUAGUACUUGAGAAGGCAACUGAAGCCACUCAAGCCUCUGAGACAACUAGCACUUGUUGCUGA